CCUCCGCCACGCCUCCGAUCCAAUGGAAGACCAUACCAUCUCCUACUUCCUCAGACCAACCGAAACAAACCCACAUGGUCGUCUUCGCCACAGCCACCGCCUCAAAACCUAUAUCACCGCCGUCCACCUCUGCCGCCGCCGCCGGAUCCUCGUCGGAAACAGCCGGCUCUUCGCCACCGUCUCAGCCGGAGCAACUGGACACAGAGCCGUUUCAUCAUCAGUUUAGGAAAGGAAAGUACGUGAGCCCGGUUUGGAAACCUAAUGAGAUGCUUUGGCUGGCUCGAGCAUGGAGGCUCCAAUACCAGACCGUAACCGGGUCGGGUCAUGAGAACCCCGAAACGGGUCAACCCGGGAGAGGGAAGACGAGGGCAGAAAAGGAUAGAGAAGUGGCCGAAUUCUUGAACCGUAAUGGGAUCAACCGAGACGCCAAGACGGCGGGGACGAAGUGGGAUAACAUGUUGGGAGAGUUCAGGAAGGUUUACGAAUGGGAGAGAGGAGGCGAAGGUGACAGAUUUUCCGGCAAGACUUACUUCCGGCUUUCUCCGUACGAGAGGAAACAACAUCGGCUUCCGGCAUCAUUCGACGAGGAAGUGUUCGAAGAGUUGGCUCAGUUCAUGGGUCCAAGAGUGAGAGCUCCGAGUAGCCGUGGCGUUGCUCCGGCGGCGACGGCGACUCUUCCGCCGCCUCCUCCUCCGCCGCCGCCGCAUUGUUCGAGGGACGAUGAUACGUAUAUUCCAAGUGGGAGAGGGAAGAGGUUAGCACUGACUACAAUCGGAGACCAUUCCGGACAGUUUCCAUACUCAAAUUUUGCAAGAGGAUCAACCCUAUUCUCGUCAUCUCUAUGCGAUCCGGCAUUCGAGACGAUACCGACGCAGAAAGAUCUCCGACGAAUCGGGAAAAUACGGAUGACGUGGGAGGAAUCGAUGAGCUUGUGGGCGGAAGAAGGAGAGACACACCAUGGAAGAAUUAGGGUUAAUGGAUCGAGCUUCUUGAGCGUGGACGAGCUCAUGUUCUUCGACGAUUCCAUGGUUGUCUGCUCGAUGGAAUCCUUCGAUGAUGGACCUCUCAAGGGCCUUUCAUUGGAUAAGUUUAUGCCUGGUCAACACCUCAAAGUGUUCGGAAGGCGAAAGUCAACUCCAUCUGCCUCUUCUUCUUCUUCAGGUGUGAUGGAGCGAGCCCAGUUUCCAUUUUUGGAACCCCUCACAAGACAAAUACCGGCAUAUGAGUUCCAAGACCCGUCCGAGCAUUACUUAAGCUGCCUUCGGGUGUCGCCUGUAUCGUUACCGAGCAUUUUCGAGCUCUCAUGGCAUUUACAAGAACCGCCGCCCGAGGAUCUCCGAUUCCCGGUCCGGAAAGAUGUAUUCAGAGACCUGCCACCGGGGAAAGACCUCUUCUUUACCACCUCCUCAUCUGAGCUAUUGGAUUGCAGGGCCAUCACUUAUGAUAUCAUCAGCCCGGUAAUGGCGAGGUUAAACCCUAAUUUCGCGGUUUCAAGCAAAGACUCGCUUAUUCCGUUGUGGGAAGACUGCGUAAACCGGAUUGUUUCCAAGUUCUGUCCCGUGGAAAUAGCGUUUAUGCGAAAACCGAGUUCUUCUAACUUGGGUGAUGAUGAUACCAACGUCCAAGAUCAAUGGCCGAAUGUUAUUGGAUUCGUGAAAGGUUUCGGGCUAUGGAGAGGAGAAGAGGCGGAUAACAUCAGAGAAGGCGAGGCCAAACCGUCGUCUCGUUUAGCCGAGAAGCUCCUCUGGUCAUACAACGAUCUGCCUUACAUUAUCGGAUAUUACGCAAUAGGGUUCAACGUAACGUUUUGUGCUUUGAGCCGUUCACAAGAUCGAGUAAUCUGUACGGAUCUUUACUCGUUCAACGUGUCGUCCCCGUCCGAUCGAGUCAAGGCCUUAGUCCCUUGUUACCGUCUCGCCUGCCUUCUUCCUUUGCUUGCCGAUCGGUGCAUCAAUGGCGGUGAUCACAGUAACAGCGGCAAGAAGUUUUGUUUCAGCGACUUCGACAGAUUCGACAAUGGCGAUCACGUGACGGAAAUGACGCCAAACACGGUGACAAAGUAUUACACGAGCAAGAGAAAAUGGACGGCAGUCAAGGAGAUAUACGAUUUCCUCGACCUCAGGGUCCCACACGCGGAGCAUCUGACGAGAUCCAGCGAGAGGAACAUGUCGUUGACUUUCAAGCCACGUGGGGUCAAAGUCAAACCGAGAAGCGUUGACCAACUGGUGGAGUCGCUGAUGUGCGUGACCAAGGCCCUCGUGGCUCUCCACGACCUCUCCUUCAUGCACCGUGACCUGGGCUGGGACAAGGUGGCGUUAACGGCGAGAAGCGUUGACUGGUCAACGGAUACAGUCGAGUGGAUCCUAUGCGGAUUCGAGGAGGCGGCCGACGCGCCGCAGCUGAACCCUCGAGAGGCCGGGGAGGAGCGUGGGAGGCACGCGCCGGAGAUGGGGAGGGGGUUGCAUGGGGUGAAGGUGGACGUGUGGGGGGUAGGGUUUCUCAUAAGGACGUGCGAGCUGCGUGACGUGAAGAUGCUGAAGGAGCUCGAGACUAAGUGUUUGGAGCCGAACCCUGAGCUCAGGCCGACCGCCGCCGACUGCUACCACUACCUUCUCCAGGUCCAGUCCGCCGCGUCUCCGCCGUAUUAGUCCAGACACUCUCGUUCUCGUGAUCAGUGACAUUUUCGUAAAUUCCUUCAUCUUUUUUUUUUUGGUAAUGAUUUAUUUGGGUGAGCAUUUGCAACAGGCAUGUGUGGUAUUUUGUUCGAUUUUGGAUAUUGGGCUGAUAAUAUCAUGAAAUCUGUUAAUCAUAAAGUUACGGGUUUUGUCACAAGUUUCA